AUGUCUUCCCUCACAGAAGCAACGGCCAUAUUCUGGGCCCUCGUAGGCCCCUGGAUGUUCCUCCUAAACGCCUUCUCCUACCUCCCCCCCACCAUCCUCCGCCUCUUCCGCGAAGGCGACUACGCCGCCCUCACGACCCCGUCCCGCGUCCAAGACGCCUGGUUCUCCGCCUUCUGGGCCUGGCUAGGCCCCAACAUCCGCGUGGGCAGGUCAGACAUGAUGGUCGCCCUCCUCGAGGGCCGCGUCACGGACGGCAAGGUCGUAGAGGACCCCGUCCACCCGCCCGUCAGCGGCGUCGUACUGGAGAUCGGGCCCGGGUCGGGGAUGUGGGUGGACAUCUUCGCCAAAGGCCGCAACGGUGACGAGAAGAAGAAGAAGGCCGAUGCAGCGGCCGGCAUGGCGCGCGGCGGCGUCAGGAGGCGCGUCGCCGAGGGCGUGACGAGAGUCUACGGCAUCGAGCCCAAUACCGAGGCGCACCCCGCACUCAAGAAGAACGUUCAGGCCGCCGGGCUCGAGGGCACCUACGAGAUCGUCCCCACCGGCAUAGAGUCCCUCUCCGACCCGACGGCUUGGGACGGCAAGAUUGAAAAGGGUAGCGUCGACUGCAUCGUCUCCAUUCUCUGCCUCUGCAGCAUCCCCGAGCCCGAGAAGAACAUUGCUGAGCUCUACUCCUAUCUCAAGAAAGGGGGCAGGUGGUAUUUGUACGAACACGUUGAGGUGAUGCAGAGCCGGCCCGUCCGCCUCUAUCAGCGUAUCGUCAAUCUGGUUUGGCCGCGGGCUUUGAACGGCUGCCAGCUGUGCCGCAACACUGGCAACAACCUUAGGUCUGCAGGGCCAUGGACAAACAUCGACAUUCGUCAACCCCAAGAUGAGACAUGGUUCCAAGUAGUACCACAUAUUUUCGGAACUUUUACCAAGUGA